CGCGCCGCUUCAUUCCCCAUUCUCCUCGGCACAAGCGUCCCGUUCCCAGCGCCGCCACUCAGAUCCAAAACGAGUUAGAGAGGAAAAGGGGAAGGGGAAACCGGCGGGCGGCGGCGGCGGCGGAGGAGGAGGAGGAGGCGAGAUGGUUGGAGAUGGCUGGCGCAGGCGGAGUGGAUGAUGCGGUCCGUACUAUGUCCCGAUCGAGCCGUGCAAGAGGAAGAAGCAGCCGCCAUCGGCAGCGGAGAUCAUGAGGGCUGAAGCCCGCGGCCAGCUCACCCGUCUCCGCGGCGUGAUCCUCAACUGCGAGGGGUGCCUCUCUUACUUCCUCCACUCCAUCGAGCACCAGGUCCGAGACCCGCUCGAGCUAGCCGCCGACUUCGCCGCUGCUGCUGCCAAGGCGGAGGCGGAGGCGCAGGACUACAACGAAGGGUUCAAGCUUCAGGCCGGUGAUGAGUAUUACCUGAGCUCCCUGAACUUCUUCGCGCCGUCUGUGGGGGCCGCCUUCGCCGGGUUCUGGGGCGUCCGCUGGCUAGAUUGCGCCGAGGAUGGGCUUCUUGAGGUUCUUCGCUACUUGGAGUUGAACCUCGAAAUCGACGUUGAUCAGUGCUUUGUGGACCGCACGAGGGAUGCCUUCGACCAUGUGAACAACGCCCAGGCUUGCUUGAUUCGAGCCCAUGCUUCCCUCCGUCCAGGAAUAUGCUAUCUAGGUUACACGUCAAUGAAAUCCACAGGAGUCCUCUCGCCAGUCCACCAGUACACGUUCAGCAGCACAGGGUAAUCACUCACGACCACACGGGACUGCUUCCAAUGAAACUCGUCUGGCAAGUUCACCAGGUUCUGGCUAGACAGUUCCCAUUGGGCAGGGCUUCGGCAAUUGUUCUUUGCAUGGCUGCAGGCUUGACAAAUUUCAUCAGAGACGGUGGAAGCUGCCUCAACCUGUAACCGAUGAUCCCCUGAUCGAUCUAGAAAUGCA